AUGUCAAAUUUAAAUCAAGCCGAUUUGGUCGAAUCCUUUAUAAAUGCCGUCAACAUAGAGCAAAAAUCAGAUAUUUUAUUAACUAAUGAAUACUUAGAUUCAUACUCUCCAAAGAAAUUGGCACAAUCAGGCUUAGCAAUAAUCAAUUUAAUCAUAAACAACAUUAAGCUUGGAUUAGGUGGUAAGACUUUAAUUGAAUUAGUCAUCGAUCCAGCUAUCAAAGGUGACUCAAAAGAUGAAUUAUCAGUGGGUAGUUUAAGAGUAGGCGAUAUUGUCAAGCUUGAUAAACAAGCUAAAUCUACUGCUUCAAAAGAUAAAGUUAAAGAGAAAGCUAAAGAAGAUGAAUCAUUAGAAGGGGUUAUAAUUCGUCAAAAUUCCUAUUCGAUUACAAUCUCAAUUGACGAUGAUUCAACCGAUGAUAAAGUACUAUCAUUAUACAACAACACAUCCAAUGAUAAUACCAGAAUGUGGUUAGUGAAAUUAUCCAAUUCAGUAACUUACAAAAGAAUGUUAUCGACUUUGAGAAAAUUGGGUGAACUCAAAGAUCAUCAGAAAUCAUAUUUAAUAAGAUUAUUAUUGGGAGAAGCUGAAUUUAGUUCAAACUCAUCAUCAUCCAAGAUUUCUGAAUUCUUCAACCCUACAUUAAACGAUUCCCAAAAGGAAGCAGUUAAGUUUGCUGUUGAUGAAUCUCCUAUAACUAUUAUUCAUGGUCCACCAGGUACUGGAAAGACAUCCGUAAUUUUAGAAAUCAUCAAGCAAUUAACUUUUGUUAAGGGUGAAAGAAUAUUAGUGUGUGGUCCUUCAAAUAUUUCUGUUGAUACAAUUUUGGAACGUUUAUCGUCUCAAUUCGGAGGUAAUGGUGUUGGGGGUGCCGUUAAAAGCCCUGAUAAAUUGAUUAGAUUGGGACAUCCUGCAAGAUUACUUGAGACUAAUUUACGACAUUCAUUGGAUAUACUUUCAAAGACUAAUUAUAGUGGUUCUAAUAAUAAUAAGGAUAUUUUGAAAGAUAUUGAAAAAGACAUCAAUGAUACUCUAAAGAAAAUUAAAAAGUGUAAGAGAUAUAGUGAAAGAAGAGUCUUAUAUUCAGAAUUAAAACAAUUCAAAAAGGAAUUAAGAGUUAGAGAAAAGAAAAUUGUUCAGGAUUUAUUGAUUAAUGCUAAUGUUAUUUUAAGUACCUUACAUGGUGCAGGUUCAUAUGAGUUAACGAACUUAUAUAAAGAAGAGUUUAGUGAUGGAAAGCCUUUCUUCGACACCAUAAUAAUUGAUGAAGUUUCACAAUCAUUAGAGCCUCAAUGUUGGAUACCAAUCAUAAAUCACAUUGGAUUUAAACGAUUGGUCAUCGCUGGAGAUAAUUUACAGUUGCCCCCUACAUUAAAAUCAAAAGAUGAAAUUGAACGAUUACUUGGAAAUCUUUCGAUUAACAAAGUUGCAAAUCUUGAAUUCACGUUGUUUGACAGAUUAGUCAAAAAACUAGAGGGGAAUAAGUUUAAAAAGUUAUUAGAUACACAAUAUAGAAUGAAUCAAUUAAUUAUGAAAUUCCCUUCCCACGAGUUAUACCAAGAUAAAUUAAAGGCAUUUAAAGCAGUGGAAAAUAUUUCCUUACUUGAUGUCAAAGGAGUAACUGAAACUGAUGAAACGAAGCCGAUCUGCAUUUGGUAUGAUACUCAAGGUGGAGAUUUUCCAGAAAAGUCCAGCGAUGAGGAUACUAUAAUAGGGGAUAGCACAGGAUCAAAAUAUAAUGAAAUGGAAUCAUUAGUUGUAAUUCAGCAUGUUAAGAAAUUAUUAGCAUGUGGCGUAUCACCGAAUUAUAUUGGAAUAAUAUCUCCCUAUAGUGCUCAAGUUUCAUUACUUAAAAAGAGUUUUCAAAAAGAACAAGAUGAUUCUAGAUUCGCUUAUAAUGAAAUCGAGAUUUCAACUGUUGAUGGAUUUCAAGGUCGUGAAAAAGAAAUAAUAAUCAUAAGUUUAGUGAGAUCGAAUGAUGCAAGAGAAGUUGGAUUCCUUAAAGAUAAGAGGCGGUUAAAUGUUGCAAUGACAAGGCCUAAAAGGCAACUAUGUGUCGUUGGGGAUUUAGAACUUAUGUCUCAAUGCGGUAUCAAGUAUUUACAUAAUUGGGCACAAUUUGUUGAAAAUGCAAAGGACAGCAAUGAUGACAGUGUUUAUGAGAUCAUUUAUCCCGACUUAGGAGAUUAUUAA